AACAAAUAAAUGAGGAGUUCAGAUCUGCGGUACUCUAUUUUUCUCCUGAGCCAGAGACAACAUUAAGAGCCUUGACUUCCUUUAGAUGUUGACAAGCCACUUCAGUGCCAUAUCACAAGAAGAAUUUGAAUCUACAGUACAACGGAAAAUAAGGACAGCUUGAUUAGAGGUGGCUGAUCACAUGAAGAUGCAAGAGAGCCAAAACAAUAAUGUUCUAUGUGAUGCCUGCCAUGGAAAUGAAAAACUCACUGCAGUAAAAUCAUGCUUGCAAUGUGUAACAUCUUUCUGUGAGACUCACUUGGAAAAUCACAAAACAGCAGCAAGGCUCAUGAAGCACAAACUGAUUGACCCCGUGGAAAACUUGGAAGAUUAUAUCUGUGAGAAACAUGAAAAACCACUGGAGUUUUUCUGCCGAGAUGACCGGUUAUUUCUCUGUCUGAUCUGCUUUGAAAUAGGACACAACACUCACAAUAUUGUUCUUAUAGAACAAGAAAGUGGAGGUCAGAGGACUCAGCUGGUACAGACACAAGCAGAGGUCGAAAUGAUGAUCCAGGAUCGAAUAAAGAAGACUGAAGAGAUAAAAAGCUCAGUAAAAACCAACAAGAACAACAGUGUCAAAAUUCUCACUGCUCUGAUCCACUGCAUUGAGAAAUGUCAGGCAGAGCUGCUGGAUGUGAUGGAACAGAAGCAGAAAACUGCAGAGAAGCAGGCUAAAGAGCUCAUCAAAGAGCUGGAGCAGGAAAUCACGGAACUAAAGAGGAGACAUGCUGAGCUUGAGAUGCUCUCACACACUAAAGAUCACCUGCACUUCCUACAGACUUGCUCAUCUGUAAGCGGCCCCCCACAAGUCAAGUCCUGGACCAGCAACAUUAUUGAUAUGAACAUAGAUCUAAACACAGAAAUCUUGGACAAAGCUCUCCAGAGUCUUCAGGAAAAAAUAAAAAUGGAAUUGAAGAAUUUCUUUGAAAUCACCCAUUGUCCACACAGACCUUCAAUUGUUCAAGAGACUUCUGGAUCAGAUUCUGGGAGUACAGAUUCUGUUCCCUCUCAUCCUUUACUGGUGUUUGAAAGUUCUUCAGUGAUGGAGAAAAGAGAUGUAUCUGCUAUCCUGAGCAAACAGCAGGACACUCUGACAGAAGUUUUAAAACCUACAACAAGCAGUGUUCAGACAGAGGACAAAAUCUACUUUAACGACAAGAGCAGCACUCCCUCACCCAAAAGCGUGGAAAAGAUUAAUAAAAAGGUUUUUGUCACUGCAGAUCUGAGUACAAUACAGAAACUUUAUGCAGUGAAUGUGAUUUUGGAUCCUAAUACAGCUUACCCUAAACUCAACCUGUCUAAAGACGGGAAACAAGUGAAGCAUGGUGGAUCCUGGAGAGAUGUUCCCAAUAACCCUGAGAGAUUUAACUCCUCUGCCUGUGUGCUGGGAAAGGAUGGCUUUUCCUGUGGGAAAUUUUAUUAUGAGGUUGAAGUUGGUGAAAAAACAGAAUGGGACUUAGGUGUGGCUAGAGAGUCCAUUAAGAGAAAGGGGAAAAUAACAGUGUGCCCAAAUAAAGGAUUUUGGUGUAUUUGGUUAAGAAAUGGAUGUGAAUAUGUGGCCAAUGAAUCACAUCCUGUUUCUAUUUCCCUAAAAGACAAGCCCCAGAAGGUGGGGGUGUUUGUGGAUUAUGAGGAGGGUCUGGUCUCAUUCUACAAUGUGGGGACCAAAGCUCUUAUAUACUCCUUUACUGGCCAGUCAUUCACAGAGAAAAUCUAUCCAUUUUUCAGCCCUUGCAACAAAAGAAGAGAUGAGAACACAAUGCCUCUGAUCAUAUCUACUAGUUUGUGCAAUUAUUAAACAAUCAAUGUUCCUUUUUAAAAAAAGUUAAUGCAAGAAAUAAAUGCCAGGGUUUACACGUUGCCCAAGACUGAACCUCUAACAUUUCUCAGAGGUUCAAUUGCUUAGCUAGAUAACUUUUUAUGAAAUAUUGCGCUAUUCUAAUUCUAUUCUAUUCUAAGGCAAUUGAUGUGGUAGUUUUGUGCUUCUUCUGCUUGAAUUAUUUUCAUCUUUGGGAAAAAAGCAUGAAUAAAUAUAAAGGUGGUGGAUUUGGUUCUGUUGACUACCGCAGGGCUUCCCAAACUGGGAUUCACGGGGAAA